CCAUUCGUGCAUUCAGUGUGGCGGGCGCGGCCAUAUUGGCAGUACGCGAGAGUGUCUUGUGUGUUUUUUAGUGUUGUUGUGAAAUUUCAAUCGAUAAUCAUCCCAAAAUGUCUGAAAGAGAGGAUAACGUCUACAAGGCGAAAUUGGCAGAACAGGCCGAGCGAUACGAUGAAAUGGUCGACGCCAUGAAGAAGGUAGCCAAACUGGACCUGGAACUGACCGUGGAAGAGCGGAACCUCCUCUCGGUGGCCUACAAGAACGUAAUCGGGGCAAGGAGGGCCUCGUGGCGUAUAAUAUCGUCGAUCGAACAGAAGGAGGAGAGCAAAGGCACCGACGAUAAACUCGAGAUGAUCAGGCAGUACAGAUCACAAGUCGAAAAGGAACUGAGGGAUAUCUGCUCGGACAUUCUCGCCGUCUUGGAUAAGCACCUGAUUCCGGCCGCGUCUACGGGAGAAUCCAAAGUGUUCUACUACAAAAUGAAGGGCGAUUACCACCGAUACCUGGCCGAAUUCGCAACGGGCAACGACCGCAAAGACGCCGCCGAACACUCGUUGGUGGCUUACAAAUCGGCGAGCGACAUCGCCAUGACAGAACUGCCGCCUACGCAUCCGAUCAGGCUCGGCCUCGCGUUGAACUUCUCCGUAUUCUAUUACGAAAUCCUGAAUAGUCCGGACAGGGCCUGCCGCCUCGCGAAGGCGGCAUUCGACGACGCCAUCGCCGAGUUGGAUACGUUAUCGGAGGAGAGCUAUAAAGACAGCACGUUGAUAAUGCAGUUGCUGCGGGAUAACCUGACGCUGUGGACCAGUGAUAUGCAAGGAGAUGGAGAGGCGGAGCCUAAAGAGCAGCUCCAAGACGUAGAGGACCAAGACGUGUCGUAACUUGACUGCCGGUCAUCACCAUACGAACUAAACAGUGCUGUGUAGUGCGGGCCAGGCCCAGACAUUCGAACAGGGACGGUAACCGUCUCGAUCCCAGUACAUACUGUAUUAUUAUAAUUAUCUUAGCCGUAACUCUAUAUUGUAUCUGUUUGUCUCAAUUUGUAUGAAUGAGAGAGCCUCUCUACGAGCGACUGUUCUCUUCAUUUUCUCUCUCCUCUUCCUCCUCCUCACCUAGUCCUCGGCACGCGCAAUGUUAAUCUUUUUCUAUCAAACAGAGAAAAUCAACGUACUCUCGGUAUAGUAAUCGCUUUGCCCCUCCCGUCGUCCCCUCCCCCGUUUUGUUUCCGUUGGUUUCGAUCAUGCAUGGUGUCUCCAAUGAGAGUAGUGUGGUGGUGUGGAUGAGAUCGGCUGGAUAGAUUUCUCGUUUUUGCUUUAAGUAUUUAUAAUUUAAUAGCAAAAUUGUCAGGCAGCAGUUUCAAGGAUCUUCGGAAAUUCACGUUGGUUCUAGUAUUAAGUCGGUAUACUAAAGGUUGGCGACAGUAUUUCGUUGAAAACACGCAUAGUUCCGUACAAAUGGCAUUCCGUAUAAUUUCUUGCUACUUUUGUUUCGAGUACUUAAUGGUAGAUUUUAUGUGAUGGUGAUCUGCAUGUCAAAAUCCGCGCGAGCAAUAAGUUAUUUGGAUUUUUUUCACGUUGUGUUGACAUCCAGGUUAUCUCUAAAGAAUUCUUAUUUUUUUAAAGUCGUUGCAUCACUUAUUUGUCGGAAAACUGGUGAAAUUGAAGUUUCAGUUCGCUGUACUUAAUCAUUGUUGUCACCACUGCCAGAGAAUCUCGUGGAGGGAAUUUUGAAAUAACGAAAUUAUAGAGUUGGGUUGGUGCAGGAUUUUACCAGUUUUUUCAAAGAUUAUGACAAAUUUUUUGGCUGUUAAUGUUUUUUUAACUGCAUUUUUAACGUGCGUAUGAAUGUAAAAAACAUGCUGUGUAGAUUGAUUUAAAGAAAUUGAUGUAUUAUUAUAAAAUUAUUUAAAAACA